CAAGACUCGUUCGUGCCUGUGCCCCUUGGUACCCGUUAAUGUGGGCUCGCAGUGUUUACCCCUGACACGCGCCAUUUCUGCUGGUCCUGCUCAAUUUCUCACAUGGACGACAAGUAGUAGGCAGUCAGACUUCCGCUUCGCCCAGGGCCGUGUAUGACGCAGCCUGUCCCACACAUAUGUGUAGGUAGACGUGCAGCCGAUGCGCACAAACACAGCGACCACUACGCCGCAGAACGCAGCUUUCCCCCCAACAUCAAUACUACUUUUACCUCACGUGUCUUGAUCCAUAACCACACGCAUGUAUGCGCCCCUAGUCGCCUUUACCUGACAUGGCGGCCAUCGAGACACCGCGCGCCGCUGAUCUCGUGCGCACUGCUUCGCAGAACUCAACCGUGUCGAACCCUCGCAACCGCAGCAUCCAGCGCGUACGACCGUCGAAACGCAGCUCGAAUGCAUCCUUGAGCCGCAGCCGCAGUCGCGCGCCCUCGCCUGGCGACGACACCAAGAGCCUCACCUCGUUCCCCUCGCUCUCGCCUAGUCCAGAGGCCUCUCCAGUACAGUCACGCAUCAACGGCUGGUUUCGCUCUACGCCAGCUCCAGACGAGACGGCCAAGAGUGCAGAGAAUAGACCCACUGCGUCGCCAGACACUGUCAGAGCCGUUCCGCCACCAGAGCUCGGAAAGAACGCCGCUCCUACCUCUACGGUGCGGAAGGUGACCAAGUCAACACAACAGAUUGUGGGAACACUAGUAGCUGCUUCUUCAGGAAAGGAUCGGUCUGCCCUCUUCGAUGACACGCCAGCAGAACCAGCAAAAGUACCGGGCAGCCUGCAUUUUGCGAGCGACGAGAAUAUCAAGGAUGCGCUGGGGCAGACGGGCGCCAUUACCCUGGUCAGGCAGUUGGCUGGGGACCUGGCGCAGCGAGAUGCGCAGAUUACGGCAUUGCGGAGAAGAGCAGAGGAGCGCGAGAGGAUACUAAGGAGAAUGCUACAAGAAUGCGAAGUGUCUAAUAUGGACAUCGAGAACAGACUACGAGAAUUGGAGAAGAGUAAAGAGCAAACCAACGGGCUCACCAAGCCCAGAACAAGGGGCGAUAGUGCACUAGCUGGGCUGCAUCCCGAUGACCCUAUGGAGGACAGGCUUGCACGAGCCAUGGAGGAUGAGGUGGCCGAGCAUCCUGACGCGCUGGGCAUCGACUCUGGAAAGGCUGUGCCACAUGCCGAAGUCAUGUCGAUCAACUCAGUUACAUCAGACACACCCACUGAUACAACAAGGCCCAACUGGAAGAGCUACAUUUGGAAUGGGACGAGUAGGAAAAGCAGCAGAGCCCCCUCUGUUGCGAGCUUGGUUGACAGAGGUGCAGAGGGCCUUGCAGAACAGACAAGGUCGCGCGCGUCGAGCGGAGCGAAGCCACCCCGAAAGGCACUUGUAAAUGAUCUCUUCGUACCUCCUACCGGUGCCGUGCCCGCUUUACGAAGACUUCAUAGCCAGGAUCCACCCCUAGAACGUCGGUCCUCUUCAGUAUCGCUCACGAACUGGGCGUUGAAGAUGGUAGCGGGAAACAGUUCAGCAAACGCCAACAAAGCCAACACAGUACGAGGGCGCAAGUCCACCGCUUCAGACGCCGCAGAUCGUACACCAUCUAUGGAUUCCACGAGGACUGCUCAAUCUGCAAAAUCAGCCUUGGUAGCCACACAAAGACGUGGCCGAGCUCUAGGACCAAACGGAACUAUCAAAAGUAUCUCUACGGAGCCGCCAAAGAAUACCUCUGGCAGUGUUGGUCCUGGCCCUCCCAAUCGUGGUAUAAGCAAUCUAGGCCCCGUGGAGAUGGAUCGGAUACUGCCUGAAGAGUCUCGUCCACCCACACUCGUACAGCAUCACAACAGAUUCACUGCAAGCAGCGAGUAUCUAACUGAUAGAUUCGGUUUCAUAUACGAUCAGCGUCGAAAGAAGAGACAGAGUGAGGCAGCGGCUGAAAUGGUCAAGCAAAAGCGAAACAGCAACGUCGAGUCUUUGGGUGAUGGUAGAUCAGUGCUCAACAGGCUUAGUGGACUGGAAGAGGUCGAUGACGCCAAUAAUGUCUCCGACCUUAAUGGUGCUGCCACGAGGCCGUCUAGUUCUAGCUCUGAUGAGCAAAAUGGUAAACCGCCGACGAAAACCUGGGCAGACUACCUGAAGCUGGCGACCCACCCCACAGAGCUGCUCUCCCACACCCCGUCUUCAGCACCUAUCACGACCGUCGAAUUACCGGAGACUGAGACCUCAACUCCGAAGAUUGGCCAAAGCCAAAUUACUCUGACAAAGCGAGGAUCUGUACCAGCGUCAAGCACCAACCCCGAGCCUUCCCCAUCGCGUAUCUUGUCAAGCAAUGCAGAACUUUCUGUCACAACCAACUCACCAGGCCCAUCUACACCCAUAAGCCCGUAUCCACCUCAAAUCGACCCAGUCAAGUCAUUGCUGGAUCAAAUGAGCGAGCUACACGACAACCUUCAGAAAGAGAGAACCAUCAAGUGGAAUGAGUUUCUGCGCAAAGUGCGUGCUCAGAACAAGCGUGAAGGAAAUAUCUCUAGCACUGGCGAAGGUGGAUCCAAGGGUCUUGCCAUGCCGGAAACCUUCCUCGCGGACGGGGAGUUAAUUGGCAUAGCAGGCUUGGGCAACAAGGGUAAGGUCGGGCGAGCCAAAUGGCAGGAGAUCCGCCGUCUCGUCCUCGGUGGUAUCCCAGUCCAGAUGAGAGCGAAGGUCUGGGCUGAGGCAAGCGGUGCGGCCACGCUUCGCAUACCAGGCUACUACCAAGAUCUAGUCAACAACGGCGAAGAUGAUCCUAUAAUCGCGUCCCAGAUUCAGAUGGAUAUCACACGUACGCUCACUGACAACAUCUUCUUCCGCACUGGCCCCGGUGUGCAAAAGUUGAACGAAGUGCUUCUCGCUUACUCGCGCCGCAACCCAGAAGUCGGGUACUGUCAAGGCAUGAAUCUCAUCACAGCAUGCCUCCUUCUCAUCAUGCCAACUGAAGAAGACGCUUUCUGGGUUCUCGCUACUAUGAUAGAAGAUAUCUUACCGCAACACUACUACGACCAGCACCUUCUGACGUCUCGCGCAGAUCAGUCUGUUCUGCGCUCUUACGUUGGCGAACUUCUUCCUAGAUUAUCUGCUCAUCUUGACGAAUUGGAGAUUGAACUGGAGGCUUUGACAUUCCAGUGGUUCUUGUCUGUCUUCACAGACUGCCUCUCCGCAGAAGCGCUAUUCCGAGUCUGGGACGUAGUGCUCUGCAUGCACGACGGUUCCACCUUUCUCUUCCAAAUCGCUCUUGCCCUACUCAAGUUGAAUGAGAAGGCUCUCCUACAAUGCGAUACCCCGGCUGGCGUCUACCACUAUAUCAAUCAUCAAAUGACCAACCACGCCAUCAGUAUCGACGGCCUGAUCCAAGCCUCGGACGCUCUCGGAAAAGUCAUCAAACGCAAAGACGUCGAAGAGCGGCGUGCACGCGCCGUCGCUCACGAAGAGGAACUCAUGAGGCAGCGAGCAGAAGCACGGCUCGAGCGCGCGAAGAAAAGGGCCAGCACCUCCACGGACGAAGCAGCGACGGCCGCACUAGCACAGCAAGAUGAUGCAAAGUCUAUAUCAGCAAGUCUCGAUGCCGAAUUGUCGCUGCAUACUGGUCCUAUGCGGACACCGCUGAGCAGUGCGAGCAUGAGAAGUGAAGAAGAAGAGAAUGCCGAGGAGUUGAAUGGGAAAUUGGAGUUGACGGAGAGGACGCCGAUGCCCAUGGAGGAAGAGUGUCUCUGGCGUGCUUGAGUUGAACAAGCCACCUACUGGUCCCUCUUCUCCCCCCUAGCUAGGCCUGCGCGCCUUGUCCACUUUCUACUAUGCAUUUUUUUCUCCUUUGUCAAGCAUAGCAUUGCGGGCGCUUAUUGGGAAAACGUUCAUACAUUUAUACCCCCUUUCCUGAAAUUGGAUUUUCUGGGCAUCGAUACCCGUCUUUUCCUUUUCCUUGGUGUGAGGGACUGAAGUCCAUAGCUGGGUAGUUGUUUUUCCCGGAUUGAACAAGAUGAAUACGAGUUUAUCUACAAAGCAAU